AUGGACAGGCAGCCAUACUAUGCCGAUCCACGAGCAGCCGACGCGCGCGCCUCGGCUGCUCGCCCAUCUGCUGCCAGAGACGACCAAGACCCAAGACGCGGCGGAGGCUUGGACCGCUUGCCACCCUUCCUGCCCUCGAGUCAAUCUCUACCCAAAUUGCCGCUGACAAGGUCCGAUGGUCUGGCACCGUUGGGUCCUCGUCUGGCUCCCAUCAAGCAUUCUGACGCAUCCUCGUCUUACCUCUCGCAACGUUCCUACCCUGCGAUGGCCGAGAGAACGAGUGCUUUCGAUUUGGCACGUCAUCCCCCUUCUCCCUCUUCCAUGCCCGUCGGCCUCGUCUCGGCAGACUAUGGGCAUUCGAGAAGAUCCCCCGGUGACAACGUCGGUCCCCCUCCGCCACACCCGCAGUCGUCUUCCUACCUCGCUCAGCACAUGCACCCAGCCGCUUCGUACCGUUCAGACACUCUGCGCGGCCCACCGUCGUCACACGUGCCUCGCCACUAUCCUUACGAUGCGCCGCUAGCGCAUAUGCGCCCCGCUCCCGACCUCGAGUCACCCUCAUCUGGCACUCCUAUCAAGCGACCUCGUGUCUCCCUCGCUUGCCUUGCUUGCCGCAACCGCAAGUCUCGAUGCGACGGCGUCCGCCCCACAUGCAAGACCUGCGCCACCAUGAAAAUCGACUGCAAAUGGCCAGAGGUCGACUUUCGUCGCGCAAAGACAGGCGACGCUGCCCGAGCACGCAAAAGGAGCCCCGCUGGCCAAUCUUCUCAACUAUCCCCCAGCUCGUUGGACCAAAAAUCCCGCACCGAGAUCGACUCUGCUGGACAGAUGUACGGUCGCCACGCCACAGCGAGAGCCUCGUCCAGCACGCUCCCGUCUUCGCAGUCUCUCUCGACGGCGGCUCUUGCUCCCGGCGAUCGCCGGGCCACCGACUCACUGGCAUCCAGCCCCACUCUAAGUCGAGUCAAUCGCUACCGAACUCACUCGGAUGGCGAUCGUGAGUCCCGCUUUGCCGAAGCUUCUUUCCGAGCCAGCCGCAGUCCUACCGAGCGACACAUGCAUCCUCUUUACCCUCAAGAAAGCCGUUCAGCUUCGUACGCACGCGUUGAGACUCAUGCACGACCCUACAGCUCCGCUGGUCUGCCCGACGCUCGUCUCGAUUCGCGCUCUUCAUGGACGCGUGACGACCGUGCGCAUCACUAUUCGCAAGACCGUCGUGCGGCUUCAGAGCAGCAUUUCGGCGCACCUUCACGCGCCAUGCUGCCGGAGUCGCGCAUCUCAGGGCCCAGUUCAGCCGCCUCUCGAUGCAGGGACAGGGCCGCUCAGAUUGCUAUCUUGUUUCGUCCCGCUACCGACGCACAGCGCGUUGCUGUCGAGGCCCACAUGAGCAGGGAGUUCAGUCUCGACGACCUCGCCGACAAUGCCACGCCAGGUGAGCGUCUGGACCACGCUUUUGCUGCUGACUGGGAUGCUAUUGGAGGCCUGUCGCCUGCUGCACGUCGUCCCUUCAUGGAUGUGGCAGCUGGCAUCGUUGGUAUCCUCGAGAUAUUUGGCAACGACGCCCAGCGCGACGCCGUCUCCUCGAACGAUGCUGCUGGCCGCCUGCACCUCUUGCGGCUGCGCAACGGUCAAGACGCGCUGCCGGACCUGCGCCAUUUGAGCAUUGCUAUGCAGCUUUCGCCGCACGAGGAGCGCGAGCUGCUGCAAGCCACACCCUCCGCCGCCUACGAUACGCUCAGCUAUCCUAUUCCCGUCGAUCGCCUUUCCUUACCGCUCACCGAAGGCAUUCGACGAGCACUCGAGCAGCAACGAGCUGACUCGGAUAACGAACAGAGCAAGAGCAACUCCUCCUCCUCGCUCAAAACCUCGGAGCGACACGCAGCUUCGCCCCCUCCGGCGGAUGUCAUUCCCUUUGUACGCCAGCAAGACAUCAAGCCACCACAGGCCGUUCUCGAGCUGUUUUUCCAGGCUUACGUCCAAGCCAUUGGUGACCAGAUGCCUGGCCUUGACACCAAGGUGAUCCGAGCGCGCAUCCGUCAGGGUUCCAUUUCGGCGCUGCUGGCCAAUGCGCUCUGUGCUAUUGGUGCUAGUCUCUACGAAAGGCGUGGCCAGCGACCUUCGAUCGACUCGGCGCUGAGCAGCAAGAGUUACCUUGAGCGUGCUCGUGCCCUGAUUGGGGCGGCGCUUCAAGAUCCGGAUCUCGAGGCGAUCUUGGCGCUGGGCGUCAUGGCCACGCGCGACAUUCUCACGGGUCACCUGAUCUCGUCGGCUGUGGUUGUGUCGUCUGCUAUACGCCUCUGUAUGCAGCUGGACCUGCAUCGAGCACGACCGACGACGCCCCAUUCGUCGCCCGGCUCGGCAACAGAGAGCAACAAGCUCGGCACCGAGCUGGUGGCCGACGACGUGUUUUGGAUGACCUACUGCCUGGAUCGCGUCACUUCGAUCGUGACGGCGCGCCCAUUGGUUAUCAAGGACGCUGACAUUGACACUCCCUUCCCUGCCACAAUGCGCAACGGCCAGCCGUGCCUGUUUGCCGCGCUCGUGCGUCAGCUGCACUAUCUCGGCCGUCUGGUUGAAGUGUCUAUGUCGGGCCGUGCGAAUGCCGCAGCCGCUGGAGGUGGCGGUGGGGCUGCAGAGCGCGAGCAGCUGCGUGAGAGGGAGAUGGACGACAUCGGUGCCGAUCUGGUCGGGCACUAUGAUUCUCUUGCUCCCGUACUUCAGCUUGGGUCCGCCAACUUGGGACGCGCUCACGACAAGGGCGAGGCCUUGUCUUUUCUUCAACUGCAUCUCACGCACAAUAUGGCGCUCAUCCAGCGCUUUUUGCUGUCGAGGGCGGCACUGACGCAAGCAGAGUACGACGCGAUGCGCUCCGCGGCGUCUCGGGUCGUCGAAGUGUGCAUGCUGGGGAGGGAGUUGGAUGCCAACAUGCUGGCGGACACGCCUCUGUCUAGUGGUGCCUGCUUCCUCGCUGCGUGUGUCUGGCUGUCCGAGAUCGAGAUGCUGCAACAGUCGGUGCUGGCGGCGGUCAGUGGUGAUGCUCGCAGUGCGGCGGUUCGGUUGGAGUCUGCGCAGUCUGCAUUGGCCAAGUUGAUGGAGACUUUGGCUCAGCAUGCCAAGUUCUGGCCGGUGGCGCGCAACCUCGUGGAGGUGUUGGAGAGGCAGCAAGCGCUGUGCGGCAGUAGGCGUGUCUCGCCGGCGACCGUGACUGCGCUCGUGUCGCAGGUCGAGGCGAUUCACGUGGUAGUGCGUCGACCCAGGUCUGGGCACGGACGGGAGCGCGAUGCUGAUCAGGAAGCGGCGCCGGUUGAGGUGCGCAAGGUGCAUGAUCUGGACGUUCUUCGUGCUGCUUUUCCGCACUUGUGCUGA